AUGUCAUUGUGUCCGCACCUCGUCCGAACCCGCCUGACCGGGUUGCUUUCGCCGCAAUGCCGCAGCGCAGGCCGAUUGUAUCGGUACCCCGGGGCGCCAAAUCUUGGACAUAGAGUGCAGCAUAUCUCGACCUCCCGAUCCUUUGCGAUUUUAGAGCCUGGCGCAAAACACGAUGACCUCCGCAGCUCCGACAUCUCGCAGUUUCCGAACCACGAUCCCAAAAUCCCAUACCCCGAGGAGUCGAAUCAGUUCACAACGGAUGAAAAUGCCAAUGCCGUGGAGAACUCAACAUCGAAAAGCCGUCAAGCUCGGAGAAAUGUGGCACAACUCCCACUUAUGUCGAAGACGGAAAUACGGAAGAUUAUCCAUGCGCAAGGUCUUGCUCCCAGUCUCGUGAAUCCUAUAUCUAGGAGAAUCAACAUUGCAAUUCAAAAACAGGGCAGACCGUUGAAGAAGCGGUCACUAUAUCUCACAACGGUCAUGCGCCUAAACUCCAUAUAUACGCGCGAGCUGGGACUUCGUCAAUGGAAGCCCGCAUACGAAGCCAUCUACAAGGCCAAGGUAUACCAACGCGAGGUCAUCAACAAAGCUGUCCUGCCCACGCUACGAGGCGAUGGUGAAGCUCUGCUAGAAAUGGUCCGCAGUGACUGUCAUGGCAAAUUUCGAGAAAAGUGGGAAGCUAUGACGAGACCGCAGAAGGCAUUUGCCUGGCAGCGCCUUGCCAUUUGGCUGCUGCAGAAUGACCCUGCAUUGGCCUUGGAAUUUCUGCUUGUUACGACCGCGACUCAAGAAAAGCCGGACUUUACUCUGGUCGCUGAUUGUCUGAUGUACCUGGAGAGAUUUCAUUAUGAGGACUCGCUCGAGAAUUGGCGAAGCGGACAUCACACGUUCCAAUCGGUUAUUGAGACUUGCCUGAAUCCAAAGGAAUGGCCCAUAGUGCAACCCCCUCACAAAGGAUUCAGGCUCUUUAUUCGUCGCGCCAGCGCAAAUAGUGUCAAUGAGGCUUUUCGAAUAGUGAAGGAGAGAGGUAUCUUCAUGACUGCUGAAACAGCGCUUUGCUUCAUGAACCGAUUUACAGAAUUCAAGGACACACAACGGGCCUUGGAAUCCCUGGAAUUUCUCCCUAAGAUCAAAGACCCCGAAUUCGGCAUGAACUCUGAAGGUGUCACACGACACUGCUGCAAACUCUUGACUCUUGAUACUGUCGAGGAUAAAGACGGCGGACGCAAUUUUCGAAUUCUUCCUCAGUUGCUCAAGAUGGGUGUCAACCCUGAGCGGGACAUGAUGAACGUCGUGCUUGCCAAUGCUUAUAAAACUGGUGACCCUCAGCUAGGAUCUGAUAUGCUCCAGUUCAUGAAGAACCACAACCUCGAUUUCGAUUCCUAUACCUACUUAACUCUUCUCACAGACGCAGUCUCUCGAGGUGACCGAGGCCGUGUUGACGAGUUAGUUCAGGAAGUGGAGAUGCAAGAGGAAUUGCAAAAGAACCCAUACAUCUUCAGCAAAAUCUUCCACGCCCACUACACUUUUACCGCCAAGCACAUCGACCCUAAUACAGACCCUUCAGAGGUCUUCUACUCUAUGCUUGAAAUGUACAACAGACUCCAUGAUAUCACCCCCCUCAAAGAACUUCACAUGAUCCCUCCGCAAUACACCCAACCACCAACCCAAGCAAUCAGAGGCCCACCCUCCCCAGUAGCCCUGUUUCUGAUGAUUUCGACAUUCUUCCGCUGCAAGAACCGACAGAACCAUGCGCAUCGCAUGUAUGAACAGUUCCGCACUCUCGCACAGCAGGGCCACCCGUCCAUCGCCCCUCUCAUCGAGACCGACCAUGUCUACAACGAGUUCCUCAUUGCCUUCCGCAGAGCCGAUCGUGGACUACGAGGCUGUGUCCGUCUCGUGGAGGACAUGCUCGAUCCAUCAUCUAUGCCAAAGGAGACCGCAGAUGCCAACCCCCGAACCUGGACGAUCCUCCUCAGCGCCUUCAACUACCACCACCGACCCGACGCAGCCGAAAAGGUCAGACAAAUGAUGACCAAGCAUAACGUCCAGUACAAUGAUGUUACCUGGAACACCAUUAUCAACGGGUAUGCCAAUGCGCAGAAUAUCCCCGAGACCGCUGCUGCUAUCAAGAUGAUGGAGCAGCAGGGUUUCGCCAUUGAUCCUUACACCAUGAAGAGUCUACGCUAUCUGCGGGACCCUGAGCGUCUUUGGGUUUCCAUGGAGGAGUUGGAUGAUCAACACGCUCAGAGGGGAUCGACGCCUACUCCUGUGCAUCCUAUGCCGGAACCUACUUCUGAGGUUUACGUGGACACGAAGGAGCGUGAUCUGCUGAUUGAUCGUGGCCUGGAGAAAAUGAAGCCUAAGCUGUGA